UGUCAUUUUUCGCGCCAAUAUUCCUAAACCUUAUAAAAAAUUAUAAACACAAAAUUACGUUAAGUGAGGUGUUUUUAAUUUUUCGGUUUUAGAAUUGUUUUAAAUUAUAAUAAAAAUAUAAAAAAAUGGCAAACUUAGAAGCUGAUCAAGAACUACGUGAAGCACAAACUCAAUAUCAAGAUUUUUUAGAUGACGAGGAAGACCAAGGAAAAUAUACUCAGCUUAUUAGGGACAUGAUAGCGGAUAAGAGUAAGAGAUUGGUAGUUAAUGUGAAUGAUCUGAGAAAAAAGAAUCCCAAACGUGCCUCAUCUUUACUAAAUAACGCAUUCGAAGAGCAGUUAGUAUUUCAGAGAGCUUUAAAGGAAAUCGUAAAUCAAAUUAAUUAUGAAUAUGCAAAAGACAUUGAAGAAUUUUUCAUCGCUUUUGAAGGAAGUUUUGGAAAUAAACAUGUCACGCCACGUACUUUAACCUGUAGAUAUCUUGGAAACUUAAUUUGUGUUGAGGGUAUUGUUAGCAAAUGUUCAUUAGUUUAUCCAAAACUUGUUAGAAGUGUCCACUUUUGUUCGGCCACUAAAAAGUUUAUCGAAAGAAAAUAUACUGAUUUAACAUCACUUGAGGCAGUGCCUUCUUCUGCUGUGUACCCAACAAAGGAUGAAGAUGGCAACACAUUGGAAACUGAGUUUGGUCUCUGCAGAUAUAAAGACCAUCAAACAAUAUCUAUACAAGAAAUGCCUGAAAAAGCCCCAGCCGGUCAAUUACCUAGAGUUGUUAAUAUAAUUUGCGAUAAUGAUCUUGUUGAUGCAUGUAAACCAGGGGAUAGAGUACAAGUAAUUGGAAACUUCAGAUGUUUACCAAACCAUCAAGGGGCAUUUACUAAUGGGGUGUUUAAAACAACUGUUAUUGCAAACAACGUUAAGUUAUUAAGUAAGGAAACUAGCCCAUCAAUUUCACGUGAAGAUGUGGCCAAGUGUAAAAAUUUAGCCAAGUCAAACAAAAAUAUAUUUAAUCUCCUUUCAAAAUCUCUAGCACCUUCAAUUCAUGGACAUGAGUAUGUAAAAAAAGCCAUACUUUGCUUGUUGCUAGGAGGUGUGGAAAAAGUGUUGCCUAAUGGUACCCGCCUCAGAGGAGAUAUAAACGUUUUACUUAUAGGAGAUCCUAGUGUAGCUAAAUCGCAGUUGUUGCGUUACGUAUUACACACAGCUCCCCGCGCCAUACCUACGACCGGUAGAGGAUCAUCUGGGGUAGGUUUGACAGCAGCUGUCACUGUAGAUCAAGAAACUGGGGAAAGGAGAUUGGAAGCUGGAGCUAUGGUUUUAGCGGACAGAGGUGUGGUUUGCAUUGAUGAGUUUGAUAAAAUGAGUGACAUUGAUAGAACAGCUAUUCACGAGGUAAUGGAACAGGGAAGAGUUACCAUUGCAAAAGCAGGUGUUCAUGCAAGUCUGAACGCGAGGUGUUCCGUUUUGGCUGCUGCAAAUCCUGUCUAUGGAAAGUACGAUCAAUACAAGACUCCCAUGGAAAAUAUAGGUUUACAAGAUUCACUCCUUUCCCGUUUUGAUUUACUGUUUGUUAUGCUGGAUACGGUCGAUGAAAAAACAGAUUUGCAGAUCUCUGAUCAUGUUGUUAGAAUGCAUAUGUACAGAAAUCCUUUAGAGCAAGAUGGUGAAGUUCUUCCAAUGGGUUCCACCGUUGAUAUUUUUAGUACCAACAACCCCGACGAGGAAGAAGUCAAAGAUGUACCCAUGUAUGAAAAGUACGAUGCGCUCUUGCAUGGUUCCAGUCGGAAGAAAAGUGAUAAAAUUUUGAGCGUUGACUUUAUGAGGAAAUAUAUUCAUUUCGUCAAAAUUCUAAAGCCCGCCCUAACCGAUGAAGCUUCCGAAAUUAUUGCCGAAGAAUAUUCAAGAUUGAGAUCUGAAGAAAUGUUAGAUAAUGACGUGGCUAGGACCCAACCAGUGACAGCUCGUUCAUUGGAAACGAUGAUUCGUCUGUCUACGGCUCACGCGAAGGCUAGGAUGUCUCGAUUGGUUACGGCGGAGGAUGCGCAUGCAGCUAUUGAGCUAAUUCAGUACGCUUACUUUAAAAAGGUUCUGGAGAAAGAAAAGAAGCGGAGAAGACGGGACGAAGGGUCUGAAAGUGAGGAUGACGAUGAUGAUAAUGAUCAACAGCCAAAGAGGACCAGGAGAGCGAGAUCAGAAGCUCCAUAUGAUAGUGAAGAGGAACUGGCAACUACGCAAAGCUCAACAAGAUCAACACGCAGUAGACGGGGUGGUCAGAAUGGCACAGCUAUCGACGACUCAGAACCCGUAGGUGGAACCUCAAAUAUGAAUGGCACAAGUCAACACGCCUCGCAAGAUACGACAAUGGAGGUUGAUGAAUCGCCUAGAGAAAUAUCUCAAGAAAGGUUGUCUGCUUUUAAAACGACUUUAUGCAAAGCAUUUCAAGAAAAUAGGACACAAGCGCUCAACAUAUCAAAAGUUAGAGAUUAUGUUAAUGAGGGUAACAGCACACCAUACACUCCCGGAGAAAUAUCUGCUGCUAUUGAGAGGAUGUCUGAUGAUAAUCAGGUGAUGAUGGCAGAUGGAAUUGUUUUUCUCAUUUAAAAGUACAUUUCCUAUUGAUAAUGUGUUUAUUACGUUUAUGUAAACUUUUAAUUAAUAAUUAAUUAUACUAUUUUUUUAAGGUUGAUUGUAAUUUUUUUAUUAUUUUGUAUUUGUAGUAAUUUACCAUAUGCCUAAAACAUCUGUUUAUUUUAAACUACUGUGGAGCCUACAAAAAAAAACCGCUAGCCAUUUAUGUUUUAAAAAAUUAAUUUAUUAAUACGUGUAACCACAAAAAUGUUCAAUUAUUUCAAUUAUUUGAAGAAACUCAGUUAUUUGUAUUUUUAAGUUUUAAU